UUUUGCUUCAGUUCAGACUCGGUCCACGUGGAGAUCACACGUUCCCUCCUGCCUCUUCACCUGUCGCCUCUUCACCUGUCGCCCUCUUCACCUGUCGCCUCUUCACCUGUCGCCUCUUCACCUGUCGCCUCUUCACCUGCCGCCUCUUCUCCUGUCGCCCUGCACCUGUCGCCCGUGUGCGUCAGGAUGAGGACUCCGCUGUGGUUCGUGCUCUUCCUGGGACUCACACACACGGUCUGGAGUAAGCUUCCUCGCUGUCAGUUUUACUGGGAGCUGGAGAAGAACAGAGAAGACUGUGAGACUCAACUACAGACCACAGCACCAGAACUACAAGGUUGCCAUGGCGAGUGGAAGGACUUACUGUGCUGGAGAAAUGCGUCUGUGGGUCAGGUGGUGUCCCUGCCCUGCCCCACCCCCCUGCAGAGACUCUUCGGCAAAAACGAGAGUCUGAGUCGUAACUGUACGGAGCGCGGUUGGUCCAGCGUUUAUCCAAACAUCCACUCGGUCUGCAGCUCCAGAGUCAAAGACGAACCUGCACAGUUACUGUUCUAUAAGGUGGUGCAGACUCUGUCGACGGUGGGACACAGUUUGUCUCUGGUGUCUCUUCUCUCCAGCUCCAUCAUCGUCUGCGGCUUCAGGAGGCUGCGCUGUACGAGGAACUACAUCCACCUGAACCUGUUCUUGUCGUUUAUGCUUCGAGCUUUGGCCGUGUUCAUUAAAAACAGACUCCUGUUCCCCGAGAGCGACGCCGACGACUGCAGUACUCAGCCCUCUCUGGUGGGCUGUAAGGUGAGCAUGGUUCUGUUUAAUUACUUUGUGAUGGCGAACUUCUUCUGGCUGCUGGUGGAGGGUUUGUACCUGCACACGCUCCUGCUCGUCGUGCACAGCUCCUGCAUCAGACUGACCGUCUACAUGACCAUCGGCUGGGGUAUUCCUCUCGUCUUCAUGUGUGUGUGGGUGAUCUGCAGGAUUCACCUGGACGACACCUGGUGUUGGGAGAUCGACGAGAGCCCCGUCCCCAACCGACUCAUCAACUGGCCCAUCAUGGCGUCUGUGAUCUUGAACUUCCUGUUCUUCAUCAGCAUCAUCCACAUCCUGGUGCAGAAGGUUCGCUGCAGCAACGUCGGAGGAAACGAGCAGUCACAGUACAAGCGCCUGGCGAAGUCCACUCUUCUGCUGAUCCCUCUGUUUGGGGUGAACUACGUGGUGUUCGUUUACGUCGUGGAUCCAGACGACAAAACCCUUCGUCAGAUCAAGAUCGUGUUUGAGCUCGGGCUGGGAUCUUUUCAGGGUCUGAUUGUGGCGGUGCUCUACUGUUUCCUCAACAGUGAAGUUCAGGCCGAGAUUUGUCGGGGCUGGAGGAGUUUGUCCCUCAAACCUGAGAAUAAACUCAACUGCACCACCCUGAGGAACAGCGCCCCCCACAGGAACUGCAGAACACAGUCCAUCCUGCAGACAGAGACCACAGUCCUAUAACAGGACUAAACCAGGACUAUAA